UCGGGCCUAACACCAAUUUGUCAAUUGUUCACACAGACAGUCGUACACACGCUCAUUCUACAUAUAGUCCUAGAUUCGGAUAGAAACACUUGUCCCAGAACAAAAUGAGUCUCCGAAUAUUGAUUUCAAGCUCAACUGCUCUUUUAGCCAUACUAGUUAUAGCUCUUUCUUAUCAAGCUUCGGCUUCGCCACCAACCAAACCAGCUAGCACUGAAGCAGUAGCUGGGAUAUGUUCCGCCGCGGAGAUUAUGCAUGGUUACAAAUGCCAGGAGUAUGAUGUGACUACAGCGGAUGGGUAUAUCUUGAGCUUGCAGAGGUUUCCCCAGGGUAAAAAUGGAGGCGGUGGAAUGAAUAAGCAGCCAGUGUUGCUGCAACAUGGGGUUCUUGUGGAUGGCAUGACAUGGCUGUUAAAUUCAGCUGACCAGUCCCUGGCACUAAUAUUGGCGGAUAAUGGGUACGAUGUAUGGAUAGCUAAUACCAGAGGCACCAGAUUCAGCCGAAGACAUGUUUCCCUUGACCCCAGUAAUCCGGACUUUUGGGACUGGACAUGGGAUGAAUUGGUAGCUCAUGAUUUACCAGCCGCAAUCGAUUUUGUGUUCAAGCAAACUGGGCAGAAGAUUCAUUAUGUUGGCCACUCCAUGGGAACUUUAAUAGCUCUAACAUCAUUCUCAGAAGGUAAACAGGUUGACAAGGUGAAAUCAGCAGCAUUGUUAAGCCCAAUUGCUUACUUGAGCCAUAUGACCACUGCCCUUGGUAUUCUUGCAGCCAGAGCCUUUGUCGGCGAGAUUACUACAGUAGCUGGCUUUGCAGAAUUCAAUCCAAAAGGAGAGCCAGUGGCAAACUUCCUCAAGGUAUUAUGCCUAGACCCGAAAGUAAACUGUUUUGAUCUUAUAACUGCACUGACAGGUAAGAAUUGUUGUCUCAAUACCUCCACUGUUGAGCUCUUUUUAAAAAACGAACCUCAGUCUACAUCAACUAAAAAUAUGGUCCAUUUAGCGCAAACCUUCCGAAAUGGAAGAUUGGCAAAAUACGACUAUGGAAGUGCCAACUUCAAUACGCAGCAUUAUGGUGAUUCUGAGCCUCCUGUCUAUAACCUGGCCAACAUUCCGCGUGACCUUCCUCUUUUCCUGAGUUAUGGAGGGCAAGAUUCGCUAUCAGAUGUUAAGGAUGUAGAGAAUUUACUGGAUAAUCUGAAGUUGCAUGAUGUAGACAAGAUCAACAUUCAAUACAUAAAAGAUUUUGCACACGCAGAUUUCAUAAUGGGAACCACCUCCAAGGAUAUAGUGUAUAAUCAAAUUAUGGCCUUCUUCAAACGCCAUACAUAAAUCUUGAAUUGAUUUAUAAUAUAUCUGGCUUGAGCUUUUGCGGUCUACUGUAUGCUGGGUGUUAGAAAAUGGGAAGUUUAAGUUAUAUUUUAUAUAUGUUCUUGAUAGAAUUUCCAGAAACUAACGAUUAGAGGGUGUUUUUUGUUACAAGGACUAAAGUUUUCAUUUUUGGAUAAAGACAUUUUCUCAGUGUAA